AUGAUCGAAUACCCUGUCUAUGCCGACCUCGUUAAAAUUCUGGAACUGGAUUGGUACCACAGCGAGAGUUUCGUACGCUAUUCUCCCGAGAUUACAUGCAUAAAAGAAGCUAGGACAUACUCUGUGGCCGAAGAAUCGGCCUCGAAUGUCGAAGAGGAAGAUCCCAAGAUGAACCUCGUACACCUCUUAUAUCUGCUAAAGCAAUUGGAAGUAUUGGAUAUCAAAACUGGGCACCGUUAUGACCGAGGUAUCUUCUCUUAUCUUGCCAAUUUUCUAAAUAGUCAUCCGAGCAGAAUUCAGAGAUUCGAGUGGCGGAGAGGUGAUCUCCCUCUACCCGCAUUAAUUCCUGCGCUUUUGGUUCCAUCAUUGAGGGUGUUAUCCAGCAUCAGCAUAAUGUCCCAAUCCUUUGAUCCCCUUUGGUUUCCCUAUCUUCCGGAAGGAACCGAACUGGCGUCGUGGUAUGGCAAGUCCAACGUGGAGGAACUUUGCCUGGUGAAAGGCGAGAUCGAGGGCAAGGAUCUAGAGCAAAUUCUUCGGCUCCCUCGAGCUCUCAAAAUCUUGAUAUGCGAUGGAUCCUCCUCUUCGUCCUCGAGUGGGGUAAAUGUCGAACUUCAAAGGGCUUUUGAGCGCGUCUCCAAGACCCUCGAGUUCCUUCACAUGCUUCUGGUGCCGUCGAUCAGCACUGGCGGUCUCAUACCAUCCUUUGACUACCUCACAUCUCUUAAAUUUCUUGUUCUACACCAUUCUGUUCUCUUUGAUGGCAGACGAGGGAACCCUGCUGGGGGCUUGCCUCCUUACCUUGAGGUCCUGUUCACCUUCGCACCUGGGGAUGAAUGGCCUUUGGACCCUGUACUGGAAAGUUGGGAGCAAUUAUUGACCAAAAAGUCGUCCACUUGCUUACCCAAGCUAAAGAUUGUAGGACACCAACCAAAGACGACACUCUUACUGCCAUUGAUUGAUUUGGCAAAGAGUCGAAAGGUGGAGAUAGCACGAAGAUUCGCAGAUUAUCUCGCCGUCAGAGAGUCGUACCUGUCCGAAAUCAGAAGCCGGUAUCCACAUGACGUAGUUCCCGACUAG